AACUUUACAACUACCUGGGUUACACUACAGUUUUCAGGAUCCUUUGACGCGGUGACUUGUUCACCCAAGCAACUAGACGUAUUCGUUGAUGGAAUAAGUUUAUAUUGGAAUGCUGGGAAACUAUUCGUGCCUUGUUAGUGAGUGUAGAUUGACCUAGCGCCCAGUAGUUUUGGAUAUCAUGGCCGUUGAUAAUCAGACUGUUGUGUAUAUUUCAGAACAGAUAGUUAUUUUGAUUUCGUGUGCCCUGUCUUUUUUGGGCUCUUUACUUAUUAUCUGUACGUACAUCAUUUGGCCAGAUUUGAGAACAACGCCGAGAACACUUCUGGUCUACUUGUCCGUGGCUGACUUUUUGUCUGCGGGCUCGUACGCAUACGGAGUUUGGAGUGUCUUUGAAUCAAACUCUGUGGAUUGCGUCGUUCAAGGAGCGAUAUCUACUUUCGCCAACACAAGUUCGUUUUUCUGGACUGUCGCUAUCGCUAUAUAUCUGUACAUUUUAAUCGUCAAGUCGAAUCAAAGACAAGCUGACAGCUUCGUGUUAUGUUUUCACGUUAUCAGCUGGGGCAUCCCUCUCGGUAUCACAAUAGCAGCUCUGGCUCUGGGCCGUAUUGGCUACGAUGCAUCGGAGGUGUCUGUGGGCUGGUGCUGGGUGAGGAUCCAGGCUCCAGACCAUGUCCUGUGGAUGCUGCUCACUGGGAAGAUAUGGGAGUUCCUGGCCUAUCUCACCCUCCCUGUCCUCUACGUCCUCAUCAAGAAGCACAUCCACAGAGCACAUGCGGCUCUGUCUGAGUACCGGCCCAUCCUGGCCUACAGUCCUCUGUCCCAGUCCCUUUCCAAUAUGGCCGACAGGAAGUUGACCCUUAUCCCCAUCAUCUUCAUCGCCCUGCGUAUCUGGAGUACUGUGCGUUUCCUGCUGAUGCUGGCUGACUCCCCCGCCAGGCAGAACCCUGUGCUCGUCACUCUACAUGGAAUUGGGAACACCUUCCAGGGAGCUGCAAACUGUAUCAUGUUUGUCCUGUUCACCCAGCCAAUCCGCUCCCGUCUCUCCGCCAUGCUCUGCUGUUGCACCUGCAGGGUCCGGUCUGGGGCCUCCUUCAUACCCUCCGAUACACCCAACCACAGUGGUUUGGGCCUGGAUGUGGAGACCCCCUCACAACCAGAGGACACCCCCAAUACCAGCCGUCGUGGCUGGCCGGACGGCUGCUGACCCUGGGUCUGAAUGGAUGGACGGAGUACACUCGCACCCUGGCUGACUGUCUGAGACACUUUUCACACUAUUGAGCCGAGCUGUACUCCGCUGGCCUGGUUCCACAUCCUCUGCUAUAGAUGCCUGGUGCUGUGUGAAAGGAGAACGUCAGAGCUAGCACCGUAGUGUGAAAAGGGCAGGUCUAAUAGACGUUGGGGGGGGGGGGGGGGGUGGAAACAAGCUUCCGUACUGCAGUCCACUCAUUAAUACAAGUGCCCCCCGGCCCCCCCCAAUGGAGGGUCGCAAAUUCUGCAGACGUGUGCACGUUGUACGGCCUCUCCUGACAGGCCACACACUCAACGUGCACUUUAGGCGAUGAGGAUAAUCAAAGCAGUAAGCAGGCGUGUAGUUUCUUCUUUUUGGAAGAGAUGUCUUGCUGUGCUCAGUCACUAGCAUUGGACCAUCCAUAAGGGUGAUCGCCAAGGUCAUUCUAGCGGUGAAGUUGUACGUAGGGGCUCUGUUCAAAAGUUGUGCACUAUAUAGGGAAUAGGGUGCCAUUUGGGAUGCACAUGUGGAUGUAUUUUUAAGGGUUUUUCCUAGGCAACAUUUUAUAUUGUUCUAACAUAUCGGUGUCUUCCUAUUCUUGUAUUAGAGCAACAGACACUGCACAGUGCAAUUUAAUAUUGUUAUUUUUAUACCGGGUUAUCGUUGAGUUUAUAGCAUUGUUUAACAAUGUACUUUGUAUAUCAAAUUAAUGUUGCAUCUACUGUUUUGGAAAAUGGCACCAUAUCACUACUACCAAUGAAGUUUACAAAAGCCACAACCUACUGAAAGAUGGUGUGGAAUUUGGCUGUACGAAGCGUCUAUGUUCUGAAAAGGGCUCUCACUGAACAUGGUCCAUUGGUAAAGAGGAAAGUCAAGUUGUGCCUUAUCCAUAGCUAUCUACUAUGCCAUAUCUCCUUCUACUUUUUGUUUUUUAAAACUGACAUUUUUGAAAUGUAAAUCAUAAUAAAGACUAAUAAAUCCACUGAAGACUGA